GGUUCCUGAGCACAGGGGAUCAGGCUGCCAAGGGCAAUUACGGGCUGCUGGACCAGAUACAGGCCCUGCGCUGGGUCAGCGAGAACAUCGCCUUCUUUGGGGGAGAUCCCUUGCGGAUCACCGUCUUCGGCUCCGGCAUCGGCGCCUCCUGCGUCAGCCUGCUCACCCUCUCCCACCACUCUGAAGGUCUAUUCCAGAGAGCCAUCAUCCAGAGCGGCUCUGCGCUCUCCAGCUGGGCAGUGAACUACCAGCCCGUGAAGUAUACCAGCAUGCUGGCUGACAAGGUGGGCUGCAACGUGCUGGACACAGUGGACAUGGUGGACUGCCUGCGGCAGAAGAGUGCCAAGGAGCUGGUGGAGCAGGACAUCCAGCCGGCUCGCUACCACGUGGCCUUUGGGCCAGUCAUUGACGGGGAUGUGAUCCCGGAUGACCCGGAGAUCCUGAUGGAGCAGGGCGAGUUCCUCAACUAUGAUAUCAUGCUGGGGGUCAACCAGGGUGAGGGGCUGAAGUUCGUGGAGGGUGUAGUGGACCCUGAGGAUGGGGUCUCAGGCAGUGACUUUGACUAUUCAGUCUCCAACUUUGUAGACAACCUGUAUGGCUACCCUGAGGGCAAAGACACGUUACGGGAAACCAUCAAGUUCAUGUACACAGAUUGGGCUGACAGAGACAACCCCGAGACACGUCGCAAGACUCUGGUGGCUCUCUUCACUGACCACCAGUGGGUAGAGCCAUCGGUAGUGACAGCUGACCUGCAUGCCCGCUAUGGCUCCCCCACCUACUUCUACGCCUUCUACCACCACUGCCAGAGCCUGAUGAAGCCUGCGUGGUCUGACGCAGCCCAUGGGGACGAGGUGCCUUAUGUAUUUGGGAUCCCCAUGAUUGGUCCCACAGACUUCUUUCCCUGCAACUUCUCCAAGAAUGACAUCAUGCUGAGCGCCGUGGUGAUGACCUACUGGACCAACUUUGCCAAGACAGGGGACCCCAACAAGCCCGUCCCCCAGGACACCAAGUUCAUCCACACAAAAGCCAAUCGGUUUGAGGAGGUUGCCUGGUCCAAGUACACCCCCCGUGACCAGCUGUAUCUGCACAUUGGGCUGAAGCCUCGGGUACGUGACCAUUACCGGGCCCCAAAGGUGGCUUUCUGGAAGCACCUGGUCCCCCACCUGUACAACCUGCAUGAUAUGUUUCACUACACCUCCACCACCACCAAAGUGCCACCGCCUGACACCACGCAGAACUCCCACAUCACCCGCCGGCCUAAUGGCAAGAUCUGGACCACCAAGCGCCCGGCUAUCUCGCCUGCCUACAACAGCGGGAACGGGAAGGAGAAGUGGAGUCCGGAGCAGGAGGCGGGCACCCUGCUGGAGAGCCCCCGCGACUACUCCACGGAGCUGAGCGUCACCAUUGCCGUGGGUGCCUCCCUCCUCUUUCUCAACGUGCUGGCCUUUGCUGCCCUCUACUACCGCAAGGACAAGCGCCGGCAGGACACGCACCGGCAGCCCAGCCCCCAGCGUGGCACCGCCAACGACAUCGCCCACGCACCCGACGAGGAGAUGCCCUCCUUGCAGGUGAGCCAGGGGCAUCAUGAGUGCGAGGCUGUGCCACCCCACGAUGCCCUGCGCCUGGCUGCUCUGCCUGACUACACCCUCACCUUACGCCGCUCUCCAGACGACAUCCCGCUCAUGACCCCCAACACCAUCACCAUGAUCCCCAACUCGCUGGUGGGGCUGCAGACCCUGCACCCCUACAACACUUUCACCGCCGGCUUCAACAGCACGGGGCUCCCACAUUCACACUCCACCACCAGGGUAUAG